AUGCCGUGCACAUUACCUCGCCACAAAACGUCUGCAGCCCGUGGCAUACGCUUUAACCCAUACACUCGGCCCUACACUUCAAGCAAUGAAAGUAUUGCACCCAUCACCGCACCUAUAACGAGGACAUAUGCCUUGUAUAUUGAUGAAAUGGCGCUGAAUACUGCUCUCGAGCGGAUGGGAUCCGCUAUGUUAAUCGACGAACCCCAUGCACUUGAUGGGACAAUGGGCAGUCAACAAGACGUUCCAAUUCAGAACAUUCAUCUGGCAGACGAUGAGUUUUCAAAGAUGAGAAGCACAUUGCUGGCAGCGAACUUCACGGCCACUGGUGCCAACCACGUCAGUCCCUGUAUGGGGCGCCUGUCUCCAAAUCAAAGAAAACUUGUUCGGAGCCUAGAGAAGGUGGUAAACAGGUGUAUCGAUCGUAAUUGUGAAGAGGACCAUCCUACUACUGACCUCUUACGCGAGAGGAUCUAUGCAGCACUGGAGGGAGCAGUAUUGGGCAUAGAGGAUGAUGUUAUGCGCAGGCAUGUCGCGAAAGCCGAGAACUCCAAAACAAACGACGACGGACACGUAAGACGGUCGUUUGGUGUCCCAGUAAUAUCUAAUAAUGAAAUUCAUCAGAAGCUUCCAACAAACAAUGUUAUCCCACCUGCAGCACGAUACAUUUUUGACGGUAUGAAACGUGGAUUAUUUUCACUUGGAACAGUUCUCGGCGCACUUCGUUCAGAGCAGUUCCAGAACCAUCGAAAGUAA